GUAAAUUAAAAAUAUGAUAUGUUAAAACACGACUUUGUUCCUCAUUUUUUUUUGCUGCCCAAAUCUGACGCAAGAGGCGCAUUCACGGCAAUCACGGCACACAAAUAUUCACUCGCGUAUUCGUCUCUCUCACUCUUCCAUGGCGGAUCUCUGAUUUACUCACUCAAGCGAGUUCUGUUCACUGAAAAGGCUAGGAGAUUGAGCUGAACUGAGCUGGAAGGAGCAAUGGCGGGGGGCGCGGCCGGAGGUUUUGUGACGCGAGCAUUCGAGUCGAUGCUCAAAGAGUGUGCUGUCAGGAAAUACGAUGCGCUCCAGUCUGCCAUUCAGGCUUGCUUGGACAGUGGAAAGGACGUUAAUCAGCAGUCUAGCACUGGAGAGGCUAAGGAAGCUUUAUCAGAAGUUUCAAAUCAAAGUUCAUCUGAGCCUGAUGCUAGAGCUGAAGAAACUGAGGUGGGAGAUGGUCCUUCCAUUAGAACUCCAUCUGUUUCUGAGGAGGUGGAAACGCCAACCAAAUGUACUGAAUCGAUCACAGUGGUCUUGGCGAAGACAGGGCAUACUUUAGGGGAACCUGAGGCUGAGCUCGUCCUGAAUCCUCUUAGGCUUGCCUUUGAAACAAAAAACAUAAAAAUCGUGGAGCUUGCAUUGGAUUGCCUUCAUAAACUCAUUGAAUACAAUCACCUGGAGGGUGAUCCUGGUCUUGAUGGUGCUAAAAACGCGCAACUAUUUGCAGACAUCUUGAAUAUGGCCUGCAGUUCCGUGGAUAACUCAUCACCUGACAGUACCACUCUUCAAGUAUUGAAAGUGCUUCUUACUGCCGUAGCGUCAGCAAAGAUGCGAGUUCAUGGUGAACCCUUGCUGGGAGUCAUCCGGGUGUGCUAUAAUAUUGCUCUCAAUAGCAAGAGUCCAAUUAACCAAGCAACGGCAAAGGCAAUGCUUACACAAAUGCUCAGUAUCGUUUUCAGACGGAUGGAAACAGAUGUGGUCUCUUCAAAUCCUGAGCCCUCGGAUGUUCACUUGGAACAUGGGUCAAAACCAAUGGUUGAAGAACUGUCAUCCAGUAAUAAUAAUGAGCCAAAUAUGAUAUUGAGUGAAACACUCUCCCCGAAACCAAUGAAUGAUACAUCUGAAGAAAUUCAGGGUCUUGUGGGUGGCACUGAUAUAAAGGGUUUAGAAGCUGUUCUUGAGAAGGCUGUGGAUCUUGAAGACGGUACAAAAGUCACAAGAGGGAAGGGCCUGGAGAACAUGAGUGUUCUACAAAGAGAUGCGUUGCUUCUUUUUCGUACUCUUUGUAAGAUGGGUAUGAAGGAGGACAAUGAUGAAGUUAUUACCAGAUCACGGAUUUUGUCUCUGGAGCUUCUGCAGGGUUUAUUGGAAGGUGUUAGUUACUCGUUCACAAAAAACUUUCCAUUCAUUGACUCGAUUAAAGCUCACCUUUCAUAUGCAUUACUACGAGCAUCAAUGUCGCAGUCUCCUGCAAUAUCUCAGUAUGCAACAGGAAUAUUUGCAGUUCUUUUGUUGCGUUUUAGGGAAAUCUUCAAGGCAGAGAUUGGAGUCUUCUUCCCAGUGAUUAUUCUACGAUCAUUGGAUGGCUCAGAUGUAAACCAAAAAUUAAGUGUUCUUCGGAUGCUGGAGAAGGUAUGCCGGGAUCCUCAGAUGCUUGUUGACCUCUAUGUGAACUAUGACUGUGAUCUUGAGGCACCAAACUUGUUUGAAAGAGUGAUUGCCACAUUAUCCAAGAUUGCUCAAGGUACACAUAAUGUGGAUCCAAAGUCUGUAACCACACUACAGAUUGGGCAACUUAAGACAUCAUCUCUUCAGGGUCUUGUGAACGUGCUGAAGUCAUUAGUGCUUUUGGAGAAGUCUCAUAGAGAAUCAGAAAAUCAGAAUGAGGGCAAGGAAUUUUUGGAGGAUGCAAUUUCAUCUAGAGAAUUGAGUGAAUCAAAAAGCAAGGAAGACUCACCAAGCAAUUUUGAGAAGCUGAAGGCUCAUAAAUCCAUCAUUGAAACUGUUGUCUCUGAGUUUAAUCGACAUCCAGGAAAGGGCAUUCAGCAUUUAAUAUCCAGUGGGUUGGUGGAGAAAACUCCACCCGCAGUUGCUCAGUUUCUGCGAAAUACCCCUAAUCUAGACAAGGCUAUGAUUGGGGAUUACUUGGGCCAGCACGAGGAGUUCCCCCUCGCUGUUAUGCAUGCAUUUGUGGACUCCAUGAAUUUCUCUGGAAUGAAGUUUGACUUAGCCAUCCGUGAAUUUCUUAAAGGCUUUCGACUUCCAGGGGAAGCUCAGAAGAUAGAUAGAAUAAUGGAAAAAUUUGCAGAACGGUAUGUACUUUUUGUUGCUGCAUUUGCUUGCAUUGAGACUGAUACAGCCUGCUACUGUGCAGAUAAUCCUGGUCUAUUCAAGAAUGCCGACACCGCUUAUGUCCUUGCUUAUGCAGUUAUAAUGUUGAAUACUGAUGCUCAUAAUCCAAUGGUUUGGCCAAAAAUGUCCAAAAGUGAUUUUGUACGCAUGAAUGCCAUGAAUGAUGCUGAAGAAUCUGCUCCUCAGGAACUCUUAGAGGAGAUAUAUGAUUCUAUUGUUAGAGAGGAGAUAAAAAUGAAAGAUGAUCCUGCUGGAAUUUUGAAUAACAGUAAGCAAAAGCCAGAUAUUGAGGACAGAGGUCUCAUUAACAUUCUGAAUCUGGCUAUUCCAAAAAUGAGCUCUUCAACGGACACUAAGCCUGAGAGCGAGGCAAUUGUCAAGCAAAUUCAGGCUAUAAUGAAGGAUCGCGGGGGAAGAAGAGGGGUCUUCUACACUUCGCAUAGAAUUGAACUUGUACGUCUCAUGGUUGAAGCUGUAGGAUGGCCAUUACUUGCUACUUUUGCGGUUACUAUGGGUGAAAUAGAUAACAAACCGAGGAUUGGUCUUUGUAUGGAAGGGUUCAAAGAAGGGAUACACAUAACAUAUGUUCUCAAAAUGGACACAAUGCGUUAUGCCCUUUUGACAUCUUUGAUACGGUAUACUUUUUUGCAUGCACCACGAGAUAUGCAUCGAAAAAAUGUAGAGGCACUACGAACUCUUCUUACUUUAUGUGAUACUGAGAUCUAUGCCUUUCAAGAUUCUUGGUUUGCCAUUCUGGAAUGCAUUUCCCGUCUAGAAUAUGCAGUAUCAUGGCCGGCUAUGACUGCAGUUGUCAUGCAAGGAUCUAAUCAAAUCUCUAGAGAUGCUAUUAUUCAAUCUCUGAGAGAGCUGGCUGGAAAACCAACAGAACAAGUUUUUGUGAAUAGCAUCAAAUUGCCAAGUGAAACAGUUGUGGAGUUUUUUACUGCUUUGUGCAGUGUGUCAGCUGAGGAAUUAAAGCAGAUUCCAGCACGUGUUUUUAGCUUGCAGAAGGUUGUCGAAAUUAGCUACUACAAUAUGGCUCGUAUAAGGCUGGUUUGGGCUAGAAUAUGGUCCGUAUUGGCCCAUCAUUUUAUUUUUGCUGGGAGUCAUCCUGACGAAAAAGUCGCUAUGUAUGCCAUAGAUUCUCUACGGCAACUUGCUGUAAAGUAUUUAGAGCGUGCUGAGCUGGCAAACUUCACUUUUCAGAAUGAUAUUUUGAAACCAUUUGUUGUUCUCAUUCGGAGCAGCAGAAGUGAUACCAUACGAAGGCUUAUAGUGGACUGCAUUGUGCAAAUGAUAAAAUCCAAAGUUGGAAGCAUUAAGUCUGGAUGGCGGAGUGUUUUCAUGAUUUUCACUGCUGCUGCUGAUGAUGACACAGAACCCAUUGUUGAGAGUGCAUUUGAGAAUGUCGAACAGGUUGUACUGGAACACUUUGAUCAGGUUGUUGGGGAUUGCUUUAUGGAUUGUGUCAAUUGCCUGAUUGGUUUUGCUAAUAAUAAAAGUUCUCACCGCAUAAGUUUGAAGGCCAUUGCUCUGCUGCGGAUUUGUGAGGACCGUCUUGCAGAGGGACUAAUACCAGGUGGUGUUCUGAAACCAAUAGACAGUGCUGCAGAUGAAACAUUUGAUGUUACUGAGCACUACUGGUUCCCCAUGCUUGCUGGUCUUUCUGAUUUGACUUCUGAUCCCAGACCUGAGGUCAGAAGUUGUGCACUUGAGGUUUUGUUUGAUUUGUUGAAUGAGAGAGGCAGCAAGUUCUCAUCUUCAUUCUGGGAGAAUAUAUUCCAACGAGUCCUGUUUCCAAUCUUUGAUAACGUAAGACAUGCCGGAAAAGAGAGUUUUUCGUCUUCUGAGGAAGGAUGGGUCCGUGAAAGCAGUGUUCAUUCACUACAGUUGUUAUGCAACCUUUUCAACACGUUUUACAAGGAUGUGUGUUUUAUGCUGCCACAACUGCUCAGCUUACUGUUGGAUUGUGCCAAGAAAACUGAUCAGUCGGUCGUUUCAUUAUCUCUGGGUGCAUUAGUGCAUCUUAUUGAAGUUGGAGGACAUCAAUUCAGUGAUCAUGACUGGAAUACUUUGUUGAAAAGUAUAAGGGAUGCUACAUAUGCAACCCAACCCCUUGAGCUUCUGAACAAUUUGGGUUUUGAGAAUGCUAAGCAUCAUAAAACAUUGACAAGAGAAUUGGACAGCCCUGCAUCAGUAGCAACUGGUAGUGAUAACCAUCAGGGUACUGUCUAUGAAAAUGGGAGUACAGUCCAAAAAGAAGCUGAUGUCGAUGGAAUUGUUGUAGAUGUCAAUCAAGAGACAGUGCGCCCUGUGGAUGCAGAGGGAUCUGAAGGAAUUCCAUCACCCUCAGGACGAACUACAAGAGCUACUGAUGAUGGAGGCCUUCAACGUAGUCAGACAUUUGGACAAAGAAUCAUGGGAAAUGUGAUGGACAACCUGUUUUUGAGAAGUUUUACCUCAAAACCGAAGGACCGUACAUCUGAUGUAAUUGUACCAUCUUCACCGUCCAAGGUUUUUGAUGCAGCUGUGGAGCCCGAUUCCAGAGAUGAGGAGGAAAGUCUCAUGUUAGGAACCGUUAGAAGUAAAUGUGUCACGCAGUUGUUACUUCUAGAUGCCGUUGACAGCAUUCAGAAGAAGUUCUGGAACAAGUUGAAUGCACAACAGAAAAUCGCCAUCAUGGAAAUUUUGUUCUCUACCCUCGAUUUUGCUGCCUCAUACAAUUCUUUUACUAAUCUCAGAUUGCGGAUGAACCAAAAUUCCUCCGAAAGGCCACCACUAAAUCUUCUUCGUCAGGAGCUCUCUGGAACUUGUAUCUAUCUGAAUAUCUUACAUAAGUCAACAGAAAAAGUCGAUUCUCACAAAGUGGAUGACGCAAAAGAAGAGAAAAUUGAAAGUAUAGCGGAAGGAAAGCUCGUCUCUUUUUGUGAACAGGUUCUGAGAGAGGCAUCAGAUUUUCAAUCUAGCAUGGAGGAUACAAUUCACAAGUUUAUGUACAUUAUCUGGCUGAAACUUUACUAUAUCAAGACGCAAAACCUACAUCUUUCUCAGAAGCUUAAUUUUGUGAUAUUCAAGGUGCUGAAAGGCAUGUGUCAAAUGAAUGCCCGUAUUUUCAGAAGCCACUUCCGGGACUUUUAUCCUUUGAUUACAAAACUUGUCUGCUGUGACCAGAUGGAAGUUCGUGGUGCACUGACAGACCUUUUCAGGAUGCAGUUGAACACAUUAUUGCCGUCAAAUGGAACAAAUUCGUUGGCACGUUAAGUUUGGUGAUACAAUGUGGAGUUUUUUUUUCCCAUUUUCGACUCUUUUGCCAUAUCUUUUUUUAAAAUGCUCUACCUGCUCCAAACUCUGGUCAUGUUUGUUAUACGUUGGUGAACAAUAUAUAUUACUUGGAUAGAAAUGGAAUGAUGUAUGUUCUUACUACAGAUCCUCUUUAUACUUUAUUUUUCUUCAAUUUUUGACAUUUGUGCCGUAUUAGAUUUUGUACAAGUGAGAUUUUUAACCUUAAAACCAGUUAAGAGUGGUUCGUGAUUGGUUGGCCUUUACUCUUUACAGUUAUGUAAUUACAUGUUGGUAUUGUUUGUCCUGUGCAAUGCUACAUUGAUUAUGUUGGUAUUUUA